AUGUCCGGAGCGGCCGCCGAGGAGGAGGCGCGGGGCUCCGUCCCGCCCGGCGCGGCCGACACCACCCUGGCGCCCGCGGGCCCCACCGACGCCUCCUUCGCCGAGCAGAACCUGAGCUUCACCACCACGGACCUCAGCCUGGUGGAGAUGACGGAGAUGGAGUACACGCAGCUCCAGCACAUCCUCUGCGCCCACAUGGAGGCCCCGGCCGGCGAGGCCGACGGCGAGCCGCGGCUCAACGCCGCCUUCGCGCCGGCCGGCGGCCCCGCGGAGCCCGCGCCCGACGCCGGCCCGGCCGCCGCCACGCAGCCCGUGUUCCCCGUGCUCUGCCAGCCCCCGGAGAGCAGCCUGCUGAGCUCCAACCCCUGCGUGGGCCACGUYGACUUCCAGGAGCUCAGGAUGCUGCUGCUCAGCGAGCCCAACCCGCCCGCGGCCCACGCCGACAAAACGCCCGGCGGCGGCGGCUCCGCGGAGGCGCCCGGCGCCGUCCGGCCCAAGGGCAGCUCUGCGGGCGCCGACGGGCCCGUCCCCGCGCCCGAGGCCAGGGCCAGGUCGGCCGUGCGCGUGCGGCUGGAGGACAGGUUCAACAGCAUCCCGGCGGAGCCGCCGCGCGCGCCGGAGCCCCACGAGCCCGCCGCCGCCCUCAGCAAUUUAGUAACGCUGAUCCGGCCGCCCUCGGAGCUGAUUCCUCUCCACCAGCACCCGAAUAAGUGCGCCGGCCUCGUGAAGGGCAAGCCGGCGGCGCUGCAGUUCGCGUACCCGCUGCUGGCCAUGAACGCGCCCGCCGGCGCCUCGCACGCGCAGACCUCUGGAACGUCCUGCGCUGUUUUGGAAGCUGCCAAACACCAAGACCUGGCGUUACCCAGACCGUUCUGUUACCAUCAGGAGAUGGAAGCCACGAAGCAGACAGCGGGUGCUAGGAAUAAGGCUUUGCCCGAGCAGGUCUGGAUCAAAGUUGGAGAAGACGCCUUGUGCAAGCAAGCGCUGAGCAAGAGGAGCCGCAGCCGGCCGAGCCCGCUGGAGCCCGGCGCGGAGCGGAAGCCGCUCGGCGAGAUCCAGAACACGCGCGAGGGCGCGGGCGCCGCGGGCGCGCAGGGACCCUGGCCCGCGGGCGCCGCCGCCGGGGCCGCCCUCGAGGGCGUCUCGCAGCGGCGCGAGCGCCACAACCGCAUGGAGCGGGACCGCAGGCGCAGAAUCCGGAUUUGCUGCGAUGAACUGAAUCUCCUGGUUCCCUUCUGCACYGCGGACACCGACAAGGCGACGACGCUGCAAUGGACAACUGCUUUUCUGAAGUACAUUCACGAACGGCACGGAGACUCUCUGAAAAAGGAAUUUGAGACUGUGUUCUGUGGUAAAACAGGCAGAAGACUAAAACUAGCAAGAUCAGACUCAUUUGUAGCGUGUCCGGUGCAGGAAAACACGCACGGCCUUGGGGACCAAGUCGUCUGAACCGCCCAGCUCGAAGGGCUCGGGCCGCUCGUAAUCGGCCCGGCUGCUUUUGUUCUCUCUUUGGGUGCUGCCCUUCGUGCGAGUAAUUCCAUUUUUCUCACGUGAGUAACUUGACAGGCUCCAGGAUGGCCUUGCAAAACACAGCGUGUACAAAUACACUAACAGAGCAUGAAUGAAAACGUUUUUUAUUCAGAAGAGAAAUGAAAGUUAACUACCAACAGUGCCGAUCAGUUUGCUGAUAAAUGGACUCAGGGACCAGAGGCAGCAGAAAAUGUCACGACACCUACUCACUAUUUUCCCCCGUUAGUUUUUUACCCCUUUUCUGUUUAUGGUUCUGCACUGCGCUUUCAUUUUAUUAUUUAUUUUUAUUUUUUUUAAAGGAAGACAUGCCAUGGGCCAGUUAGGGAGGGYUGUAGAACAUCCACUGGUCCUUUAAUGACUAGAUGCAAAUACAUUCUCUAGGUGUUAAAAGAAAUUAAAGAUACCAUUAUAAUGCCUUUUUUUCAAAUAAAAGUUAUACUAGUUAAUUGAAUAAGUGCAUAGUUUCCAAAUUGAACUGCUAUCUGAAGAUCACCUUUGCCAUGAAUGUUUUAACACAUUCCUCCCCAGACUAAGAUUAUUUUAAAGUCCAACAGUUUCUUGUAUUGUUACUUUAGUCCAAAAGUGGCACAUUGUAAACAGUAUAUUAUUUAAAUGCACAAACUAUUUUCAUGUUUAAAGAUUAAUGUGGCUCCCUUGUGCAUAAACUUCAGCAUUUAGGACAGAGGUAGAAUAGUUUGUGAACUGAGAGUGGCAUUAUUAUUAUUUUAAAUAGAUGAUGCUAACAGGCUUUAAAGUACAAAAAUGUCUCCAAAAUAAAUACUGUUUUAAAUCACGGAUAUUCACAAUUUUGCAGCAAUUUAUUUCCAAAGAAUCCUUGUAAAAACAGUUCAGGGAGUGGCGUUCAUCAAAGCAUUGCUGUGUAUAAUGAAACGUACAGUAUCACCAAGAAAAGGUUAAAAAAAUCUCCGUUUAUUUUUACAACAGUUCAUACAGGUGUGUUUGGCUGGUCUUUAGAAGAGCAUCCCUUCUUAGUUGGGGUUUCAUUCACAAUUACUGUGCAAAUAGCUUAAGUAGCGGUCACGAGAAUGCUGUUACUGAAUUUCCUUUAUUAUUAGAUGGAAAUAUACAAAAAUUCUCCCCUGCCACUUGAAAUAUAUACAUUACAUCGUUGCAGAAUCUGAGUGCAAGAGCUCUGCUGUUUAUURCUCUUUGCAAAUAGCUGAGGUGCAACCAGAAGAUGGACAGGAAACGUAGACGGG